GCUGUUUCUCCAUCCUCCGUUCUCCUCCACACAGCGAUCCGAGAGCUGUGGAAUAGGCGUGUGCAUCCCUUUGCGCAGAAUACGGGCAGUGAAAUCGUCGCACAGAAAGCUCGACUUUGAGAGUGAUUGGGACCGAGUUAUUUUGCCGCCCCUUUCUGCCUAAAGACAUGGAGCACCGUUUCCUGAUGAGACUGUGGUGAGACCAGUGCAGCCCUGUCACGCCCACAGCGCCCCCUUUCGGCCCGGACCGCCCACCACGGUCCGGGGCCUAUGAAAGGGUACCAUGUCAGCCGUAGCAUGUCUCAGCAUUCCUCUGGUGGUGGCGGAGGAGCCCCCUGCCACUGCACACCUGAGGACUGUGACGGCCCGGGCAGGGACUACUAUCAAGGUCACAGCGAUGGCCAUUAUUAUCCUCCGGGAGGCCCAGCUGAGGCGUUGGCCCUGGAGCGGCACCACUCGCACUCCUAUUCACACUCCCACAGCCACUCCGGAGGGGGAACCUUUCCCCGCUCCCACCUCAGCCAGCACCCGCCUCUUCAGUCAUUUGACUCUUGCGAGGAGUGCGUAUCCUCAGGCCACGGAGGGAAGAUGCACCGCAUUCCCCCAAACUUGAUAGACCAGUUUGAGAAGCAGGUGCCCUUCCAUCCUGAUGGCUUCCACACGCUGCAGUACCAGCGCACCGCUAGUGGAGGCGCCGAGCAACGCAGCGAGAGCCCCUCGCGCAUCCGCCACCUGGUCAACUCAGUACAGCGCCUCUUCGCCAAGUCCCAUUCCCUGGAAGCGCCAUCCAAGCGGGAGUACAACGGCACAAGGGGAGGAGGGGACUACCGCGGUGAGAGAGGGGGCGGCCAUAGGAGUGGAGGCGAGGAUGGCCAGUACUCAGGCCACCAGUCUCGUUCUACCAGGAGGAGCAAGUCCCGGGAACGCAGCAAGAGUGGAGACUCUCGACAUGAGUCGGGCAGACGCCACCGCAGCAGGACAGCAGGCUGGUGGAGUUCUGACGACAACCUGGACAGCGACAGCAGCUUCUUGGUCAGCGGUGGCAGGCGGGGGUAUCCCAGUGGACAUGAAAGCCUAGAUGCUGCCAUUCAGGAGCUCACCAUGAAGAAGCCCAAGGAACGAAGCGCUGGGCCGGGAUCUGGGGAAUGCAUGGCCUGUACCACUAUGGCUCUGGCUGGGAGUGAGGGAGGAGGACACCACGGGCACCAUGGUCACUCCCUGAAGAGGAGCACCUGGUCAGCUAUGACAGUGAGUCAGGCCAGGGAGGUGUAUCCUUCCACCAGGGGAGGAGGCUACGACAAAGCGCUGGUACCCGUCGAGAACAAGCUGAAGGAGAGGACCUUCCACUACUUGCAGGUCCCUUCAGAAGACUGGGGAGGUGGGUAUGGUGGCGGAGCUGACAGCGGUGGGGAGAUCCCGUGCCGCCGAAUGCGGAGCGGCAGCUACAUCAAGGCCAUGGGUGACGACGACAGCGCCGACUCAGACACAAGCCCCAAAGCCUCGCCGAAGUCCACGCUGAUCGCUCAGAGGGAUGCCUUCAGACGGUCUAUCAGCAUGGAUCAAAGGUACUCGUGUAAGCAGUGCACAGAUUCCUACCCCAACAGCCGAACCACACCCAAAACCCACACCCGCUCUCGGAGCUACACCCGCUCUUUGACCAGCUCGCAGCUGGGAGACACGUUGAACCGUCAGUUCGAGGCCGUGUGCGAGACCAUGUUCGGGGAGGUGGAGUCCCAGGCCGUGGAGGCCCUGGAUCUCCCCGGCGUGUUCCGGACUCGCAGCCACAGCUACGUUCGCGCCAUCCAGGCCGGUUGCUCCCAGGACGACGACUGCCUCUCCGUCUUCUCCAUGUCCGGCCCCCAGGGGAGCAUCAAGAGUGGGGCCGUCUUUCCUUAUCGCAAAGGUGCUCCUCCCCCUCUCCCGCCUCGCAUGUCAAAGUCUUCACUGUCAGUGCGGGCCCAGAGCAGCACAGAGUCCACCCAGGACGCCUACUUCCAGAGCAGCGGACAGCUGACCUCAGGCUCCGGCCCCGGGCGCGCCAAGCAGCACAGCAACUCCGUGGAUCUGGGUAGCUCUGACGGACCCUCGGGUCGCUCAUCCAGAGGAGGCUACUACACAGCCGGUGGCCCCGCGCGCUCCCGGCAGCACAGCAACUCCGCGGAGAGCCUGGAUGGGGUGAGGGGUUCGAGGGAGCUGGUGCCCUACGGAGGGGGCCCGGGAGUCGGCGUGAGAGCGAAACACAGCAGCUCGGCCGACAGCCUGCUCGAGGGGCCGCCGAGGCCGGCCAGGGAGAGGGACGGCAGGGUCGGGGGCAGCCUGGGGAAGUCGGUCUCUUUGCCUCAGAACAGCAUAGUCCUGAGUAAAGCGGGAGGGCAGGACGAAGGGCGCGGGGGCAGAAAGUGGAGGCCGUCCAUAGCUGUGCAGGUGGACAGUUCAGAGACUCUGUCAGAUUCCGAUGUGGAGGGCAAAGCUCUGACAGAGGUCCACUCUAUCGGAGUCCAAGUGGAGGACGACAAAAGGCGAGCUCGUUUCAAGCGCUCCAACAGCGUGACGGCGAGCGUGCAGGCCGACCUGGACCCCGAGGGCUUCCCAGGCCUCACCAUCGCCGUGCCAACACAGGAUAAGAGUCUCCAGUUCGGCUGCUCUUUCCAAAGGCACUCCUCGGAGCCUGAGUCUGCGAGCCAGUACACAGAGUGCCACCGCACCGUGCACACACAGGGACAGUGGGCCUACAGAGAGGACUUUAUACAGAGCGGCUACACGAGUGAAGCUUGCCAAGCAGACCCACGGCCCCACCAGCACCCACACUUGCCUCCACGUUCUCACUCUCCCCUGCCCAUUACCUCCGAGCGAGCCUGGGCCGGGACCCCCUCGCUGGAGGGGCCCCGGAGCCUGCCCGACUCAGGCCGAGCUUCGCCCUGCAUGCGAGACGGGGAGUUCUUCCUGCGCCUGCUUCAGACGGAGGUGGAGAGGAUGGAGAGCUGGUGCCAGAACAUGGAACGAGAGGCAGAGGAGAACGAACUUCCAGAGGAGGUUCUCGAGCUGAUUCGAAACGCAGUUGGCAGCGCCCAGAUGCUCAUGUCUCAGAAAGUCCAGCAGUUCUUCCGCCUCUGCCAACAAAGUGUGGACCCGUCCGCCUACCCCCAGCCCACGUCUCAGGACCUGGCGGCCUUCUGGGAGCUGCUCCAGCUCAACAUUGAGGACGUCAGGGUCAAGUUUCAGGACCUCCAGAGGAUCAAGGACUCUGGUUGGAGGCUCCCUCCUGAAAAGAAGGAGGACAAGAAGCUUCCUCCCCCGUUACCAAAGAAGCCAGCAGGUGGGGUGAGUGGCAGCCUCCGUGCCGAUAGCGUUGGGGACAUGGGUGCAGGAGGUGGGUCGGGCGGCCUGAUCGUGCCCCGCGUUGGGGGGCACACCCUGCCCAUCAGGGAGAAGUCCCUGGACCUCGGGGACCGCCAGAGGACAGAGGCGAGGAGGCGGCUGCUGCAGACCAAGCGUACUGCCUCCUUCAGGCAGAACUCGGCCACAGAGAGCGCCGACAGCAUCGAGAUCUACAUCCCCGAAGCCCAGACUCGACUCUGAACACAAGGUGUUUCCCUCCCGCCGCCUCACCCCCUCACCCCACCCACCGCGCCCCUCAUUACCGCGACACGGACACCAGUCUCAGUCUUUUUCUGAGCCCAGUUUUGGAUCUUCUUGCUGUUUAUGUGCUACUCCCCUCAGCACCUCCACCCACUUCAGUUACCACACUUGUUAAACAAGCAAUGACAGCCAUUUUAGUGUCUUGAAAUCUGGACGUUUUACAGACACAGAGGCCUAGACCUGAACUGGUAGCUAGUAGAUAAGUCUCCGAAUUCCUUUUUUUUUUUUUUUUUAAUUAUUAUUUUAGCUGACAACUAACGGGAAAAUUCCACUUUUGUAAAAGUAGUCAGCAGAGGUUCACGCAGUAGUAGCAUGCCUGUGCGUGUCCACCCAGCACAUCUUCACCACUGAAAAUCAAGGGCUUAACUGGCACUAGACCUCUGACAGAAUAUCCCUGAUGCCAUUUUCAGGAAAAAUCGGCUCCGUUUUUUAUCCUAGGGGCUUCUGAAUGAUGACCAUCAAGUCUCUCCACUGGCGCUCCCAGUACGGAUGAAUAAACACAUUCGAAUUUCUCAGCAUUAGUCCUAAUGCCCUUAAAGUCCAACGGUUGACAAAACCCCAAAGACCAUCCCGUGAGGAUCAUCGGCCAACUGCAGCUGGCACCCCUCACCCAGGUGCCAUCUGCCCACACGGGCGCCCAGUCGGAAGAAUAUGGAACGUUUUUUUUGUUUGUUUUUUUUUACGUCUUUCUUUCAUUCCCCACGUCCCAAGUAUCCGUCGACUCCCCUCAGCAUUCAGCAGUGAGGCUGUCUGAAUGUGCAAGUGCUAUUUGUACAUAGAGUGCACACUCGUGUUUGCCAAAAGGAGCUUUAGCAGUGUAGCAUCACAGCCUUGACAGCUAGAGAGCAUCAUAGACAACGACGACGACGACAAUAACAAAAAAAAAACAAUAAAAAUAAAAAAAUAGAGCCGUUUGCUUCUUAUAUAGUCUUUCUGAAGUUUCAAGUGUUCAGGGUGGGGUUUCUGGGUCUUUUUAUGGGAAUAUAUUUUGGUGGCUUUUCAGGACUUUACUGAGGACACCCCCCCUCCCUCCCCUUUUCACUGUGAGACUACAGCACCACCAAGUGGUCAAAUGAGGACCCAAACUAACAAAAGGGGUCUGUAGAGAGUUCUUUCCACUCAGUCAGGAAUUAACAGGCACCCCGAUGAAACAGCCAUGAAGGAAAAUCAAUUUCUUUAGUACUAUGAUUCAAUUAAUUACCUUGACAGCAGCGCGUUCUCUCUUCUCCCGAACGUGGAUUUUAUUUAUUUUUUUCUUAAUAAAAAGAGGCGGUGGAUCGCAAUCUAAAAGAGGGAGAGCUGUCCGAGAGUCUCCAGUAGAAUCCACUCACCUGACUUGAAGUACAGUCCUCUCAAGUUUCACGCGGCGCCGGUGGAAGAGGAGAUCGUGUCGAGGGAACAGCAGCUCUGUCCCAAAACCCUUCCAAAGAAAAGAGGAGAGCAUCAUUUUGUGAAAUACAGGAGAGAAGCAACUUGAAACAGUUUAGUUAUUAGAUACUGAGAUUAGAUGCGACACUUGAUUCGAAUGGAAUAACGUACGUUUGUUGCUCUUUUUCCUUUCCUUGAAAUCAUGCUAUACAAAGUGUAGCGUGAUUUUAUUGUGAAAAGGGUCCUCAAAUUCACGCCAGAGUCGAUAUUUCUAAUUUACGUAUUUUGUAUGGAUAUUGUGUAAAAGUGUGCGUGUGUGUGAAUGCACUGGAAUUACUGAACAUGAAGGCCUGUGUGUAGUAAGGGACGUGAGACGAAGCCCAGUGAAUACUAGAGAAAAGUCCAAAUCUGUCCGUUUUGAAGAACGAUAUUAAGAAUCUUUUAGCAUGACCUCUUUUCUUGCUUUUGUUAUAUUUGGAUGGAAUGCGUUGGCAAAAUGGGAUAUUUUAAUGGGAGAUGUAUAUUUUAUAAUAUAAUCUACAUUUCUAGAUGAGUAGAAAUUAUUCAGUACAGUCUAUGUACAAAAAAAAAGCAUAUAUCAAAUGUGAAAUACUGCAGUAUUAUUGCGAUAGAUUAUAGCAUUGUGUGGUACUACAGCUGUGUGGCAUAUCCAGACUCAAGUACACGUGAAAAAGAAUUUCAAAACCAUUCUUAUUAUCUUCAGUUCGUGAGUCAGGUUUACAGGGUAUAACUGGCAAGAGUGUUGAUUGCCAAGUAUGAUCCUCCUUAGGCCUACUAUAUAUAUCUGUGGUUCUAACAAACAUAUACUGCUGUACUCCCUCCCUGUAUCUCCUCUUUAGAACCAACUACAUGUGCCUAACCAGCUAUAUGUGGAGGUUUCCUUUGAACACAGUUUACAGUAUAUAUAUCUAUAUAUAUAUAUAUAUAUAUAGAAAGAUAUGUAAAUAGAAAAGUAUGAAAGCAGCAGAGAAUAUUGUUAACGAAAACGUUUUUAUCGUACUUGACAUGGCAUCCUUUAUCUCCCUCACUUUCACUCGCAAUACACACAUAAUACUGGAAUAUUUUGUUGAUGUUAAUACUGCAUGUUUUAUGACUGCCUCCUUUGAAACAAUUAGCAGGAUCUCCUCAUUUUUGAUCGAGAAAAGGAAUUUUGUAGCCUUCAAGCCUUUUUCUUUUCUUCUCUUUUUUUUUUUUUGUUGUGGUCGAGAAACAAAACGAUUUUACAACCGAGGAGAUUAGAUCCUCGGAGGACCACGGUACCAACGUCCUUGUGAACGGGAACCGAUGGUGUGAUUUGACUAUCGGCGGGUCAAUUUGACAACGCCUUGGCGUCGUUACGAGCUGCCCCGGUGAUGAACGGAAAGGGGCGGGCGUCGCGUUUGCUUUCGCCUGCAGCGGCGUGGGCUGCAGCCUCUCAUCCCGUCGUCCUUCCUUCCUCUGCUACCCUCAAAGUUGACAGCAUCUAAGUGGUUUUUGACACAGCCCUUAUCAAACAAAGCACAAAGACCUGCUUUAAUACUGUUACUCCACUGUGAAGGACUCUUGACUCCGCCCUCACAAUCCUCAAAUCUCCUACAUGUGGCGGGAUGGCAAGGUCUUUCCCAUUACGAGUUGGCCUUGAGGGACACCAGGAAUCACAGAGGCUUUGUUGGAUAUUUAUCCACAGUAGCAACUACAACUACUUCUUCUUCAACUGUUGCUGACUUUCUCCUCUGUACUUUCUAUCAUUGCGUUGACGUGUUAGCCAGCCACCUUGCCUUGAAACAGGUCCAGUGCAAACACACUUUCGGUGGUUGUGAUUCCCAUGUUUUUGUUAAAUAUUGUACCUAUCCAUUGUCCUAUAUCUGCACAGUAAAAACACAGGGGCCCCAGCGCCCGGGUGUGUAGUUGUACAAACGUGAUCUGACAACACAACGGACAGACUACUAUACGGACACUUUCACCUCCUCCUAUAAGUGCAAAUACCCCACAAAGGACAGCCAGACGGACAAGUCAACUCAGAGUACCUCAGUUUCUAACGGCAGUGUGUCCAGCCCUGACCCAGGCCUCUGUCCUCAGGGGAUUCUCUAACGCCACACAACCGACAGACCCUGAAAACCCAGGGCCAGAUCAGCCCUGCAGGAAUGCUGUUCAGUCUGUUCAGCUUCUCCGAAAGAGGGGGGAAUCACUUGUUGUUUGAGCCCUUUUAGCCAUCUUCCAAGACUGGAACGGAGCACGGUAACAUUAACAUGCAGGAGGUGGGGAAAGCUCAACUGUAGCCGAUAUGUACUGUAUGCGUGCAUCUGCAAUGAACUGCAAGCGGAGGGGACGAAGUAGCAGCAGAUUUGAGUUUUAAUUUGACAUUUCUGAGAGGCAGAGCUGCUCUGGAGAACACAUUAGAAUCAUUAAACCUCAGUGGGAGAAGAUAAGGAAGUAGCUUUUCCAGUUGAGGCUAAAAGAGCAUUUUGUCUUCAUUACUCCUGGCAGUAUCCACGAAACAAAGGCGGGUGGACAUGCCGGGUUUGAAGAACUAGUUUUGCCACAGAGUAGCUCCUUAAGUUCUGAAUGACUGGUGGGGAGUUGUGGUCCCCAAGGGGGGGCGCCAGAGAUCACAGCUUUGUCACACAGAUCACAUCAAACUUGUCUGAUCUGAGCUCGCCAUCAGUUUUCAGCUGUUUCACAAGUCACCAGGUUUUAACCAGUAUUGCAUGUGUCUCCCUACAUGUAUAGUAUGCAGCGCUUUAAGUAUCUCUGGCACCAUGCCAGAUCUCUGGCGUGUGGUGAUUGAUCACGAUUAAUCGCGAUAAAAAAAAUAAAUUAAAAAAAAAACAUUCAGAAAAAAAUUCAGCAUUCCCCACAAGUUGGGAAAAAUAUGCUCUGAGUUGUUAAACUCAGAAAUUACUGCUUCCAAAAUGAAAGAAAUAGCAGCUGCACAUAUGCUAAUGUUUAGUGUGACAGUCAGGUGACAAUGUACCAAACUUAUUUUUUCGCCUCUGAGUCCUGAAUUGUGAACGUAUUGGAAGUCUGAAAUUUUCGAGUUGGAAUAUUAAAUUUCGAGUUUUCCAUGAAGGCAUCAUCUAAGCUGGUGUGUUUUACUCAAAGUCACGUGUCGGAAAGAUGGAGAGUAAAUUUAAGAAGCUAGGAAUAUCUGUGUCCUUACUGAAAAUAAACAACUUAAAAAAUAGUAAAAAUAAUAAUAAUAAUAAUUUUUAGUUAGAAUAUGAUCUACAGUUGUUUUUGUGUAAAUUGAAACUGAAUUAAAUGGUUAAAUUGCUAAUCGAAUUCCUAAAAUUUAAUUAGCUUAAAACUCAUUUCACUACUAAGGUAAUGAAACCCCAACUCCUCACCAGUCAUCUAGAACUGAAGAAGCUACACACCCUUGUUUCCGCGUCGGUUUUUGGAUAUCAUGACCUGGAUGACCUGUGGCAGCUUCACAGACGCAGGUUUCCAGUAAUAUGUAAAAAGUAUCCAUUGUCAAAACAAUCAGUCAUGAGACUUUCAGUGCUUUUGACUAAUGGGCAACAGCGGGGACAGCAUGGGCAGUAUCUGGGUGAAUGCUAAACCUUUGGAGCACAUCUCAUAAAGCAUCUAAAUGCCGUAUUUCCACAGUUUGAGGUAUGGCUUGGCUCAUUUAACAGUAUCAUCUCUUUGCCGCCUCUUCUUUUUUAGUGUAAUUACAAGCAAUUCGACAAUUAAGGCCAAAUAUUAAUUUAAAAUUUCGCACUAUAUGGGGGAGAUCCAUUUAAUGGAAAUCCAUUAAUGCACUUGAACGCAUCGAACGCCGCAUGAUUUAAUAAUAGCGAACAUUUGCUACAAACAAUCAUUUACACUGACUUGACCAAACUCCUUUCGAAUGCUUUUGUUGAUUCUCCACUGAGGUUUUUCCCCUCCUCCCCACUCCCUCCAGAGCAGCUCGGCAACCCAAGCAGAUGUUUAACUGAAACUCCAAUGUGCCUUUAGCACUGAGGUGUAAUUCUGUUCGUGCGUGUAUGUGCGUGUAUAUUAACGCUGUCAUGUUGCUUUGCAGUACACACACACAUACGCACACACGCAUAAUAACCAUGUGGAUCAGAGGCAACUGAGCAAUUACUGUGUAAUUAACAAAAAAAAAAAAAAAGAAUUGAAACCCUGCCACCGUCACGUUUACAAAAAUGUAAAUACCUGUUACCAACGGACAUUUCUCUUCUCAAUAUUGCAUAUAUUGUUAUUACAAUAUGAUUAUUAUUAGUAUGAUUAAUUAUUGCCAUCACUUUCAUUAUUAUAAAUGGUGUUGUCAGUUAUAGCUAUGGGUAACCAU